AUGGGGAAGCAGGCAAACACAGGCAAAGCUCCAACCACCACCACAACUGAAGAUCCUACCACCACCACAACUGAGGCUACAACCACCACCACAACUGAGGAUCCUACCACCACCACAACUGAGGCUACAACCACCACCACAACUGAGGAUCCUACCACCACCACAACUGAGGAUCCUACCACCACCACAACUGAGGCUACAACCACCACCACAACUGAGGCUCCAACCACCACCACAACUGAAGAUCCUACCACCACCACAACUGAGGCUACAACCACCACCACAACUGAGGAUCCUACCACCACCACAACUGAGGCUACAACCACCACCACAACUGAGGAUCCUACCACCACCACAACUGAGGAUCCUACCACCACCACAACUGAGGAUACAACCACCACCACAACUGAGGAUCCAACCACCACCACAACUGAGGCUACAAUCACCACCACAACUGAGGCUACAAUCACCAACGCCACCAUUGCCACCACUCCCACCACGACCACCAUGGCAGCACCCAUCACCACAACUCUGGCUCCAACCAACGGCUUGAAAAUACUGGCAUUUCUGAAGGUGAAGAUAGCUUACUCUGGAGAGGUCAGCAAUGAAUCCAUCGCUGCACUUAUUGAACAGUUCAUUCAAGAUCGCCUCCCGUAUGGAAUAACCCUCAAAGUUUUGGUGAGAAACAUUAGAGCCGAAACUCCCACAAUUCCAUUUCCAACCACUGCCAGUCCGACUCCAGUGUUCACAGUGCAGUGAAACAGUCGCCAUGACAUCAUAAAAGGGUUGCACCAUAGAAGCUUCAAUUGGACAGAAAUAGUCAAGUCAAUGUAUAAAGAGAGCAGUUCACCUCAGCGGUUUCAUCAUAUCAUUUGAGUUUUCUACAGUUUGAUUACAACACAUUAAAAGCCAUUGUAUUCCA